AUGCUCGAGCACAAUAUUCGUUUAUCGCGAGCUAUUCGUCGUAAUGCAUCAACUAGUGCCCGGAUUCGACACGGUGAAAUUGAGGGUCAAGCAACUGCACCACGUGUGAAGCCCACUGAGGAUACUGCAGCACAACUGUUGGAUUCGUAUCUGGCGACUGCUACGCAAAGUAAAUGUACUGUACAAGAGAAGGUGUGGAAACUUUGUCAAGCGCUCUUCCCUCCUGAAAAGACAGGAGUUUGGCAAUGGCAGAGAACACAAGAUAUGGGAGACUGGCUACGAGAAGAAGUUUCUAAUCUGUCGAAAGGAAAAGUUGGACGUGGAGCAUCUCAAGUUUGGUCAUUGCUGUGUGUGGGUAACGUUGAGGAAGCAAUUCGUGUUGCCAAUGAAGAGGGGAUGACGAUGCUUUCUCUGAUGAUAGCAGCAGCGCUAUCAUCUGAGCAGAUGGGACGGGAAGACUGCGCGAAGAUGGUGGAGCUGUGGGAGAUGAAUGGAGAACUUGGAAUGAUGGAAGAUGACCUGAUCAAAAUCUAUCUCGUAUUAGCAGGAAGAUCACAUGCAGAGUUUCUUCGAAAGGGGAAGAUGGUGAAAUUAAACUGCUUAGAAGGGCUAGAUUGGCUUCAGGCGUUUGGUAUUCACCUGUGGUACAUCAAUUGGGGAGGCUUUUUGGAGGAUGCUGUUGAUUCAUUCACUGAUGAUAUUGCUGCUGGAAGAGCGAAAUCGCCGGAAUCGCAUGUGUUUGAGCAGCUUAUUCGAUUGGCUUGCUCACCAAGUCAUCAAGUAGAAGCUGUUCUCGAUGCUGCAGCAUUGCUCAGCCCGAAUCCUCUAGAUGCGCAACUUAGUUGGCAUCUGUGGUCAGUUCUCAGAGCACUUGGAUACAAUACUAUGACCCCAGCUGCUGAACAGCGAUUACAUAUGUCGUAUGCCAAUCAGCUGUCAUCAUCGGAACUUUGGCAUCUAGCCAUAUUUGUACUCAGUCAUAUCAGUCAUGAUCAAUGUCGCUCCGUAGCGAUACGAGAAGUGUUAGAUCGCAUGUCGUUAACAGCCCGGUCACAGCAGUACGAGAAAAUUCUGACCAUUUGCGAUGUCCCGAAAGAGUGGAUUUCAGCGGCCAAAUUUAUCAGAUCAAAGGUAGAAUUAUCGAGUUCUCCGCUUAAACUUUUUCUUUGAGA